CGGAACAACAAAGUCCGUUCCGGCCGACCGCGUGAAAACAAAUACAACGUGGUCUGCGGGGAGAGUUACUUCUUCGAAUAAGCCGCGCGCUAACGAACGUGUUGACACAAUAAUGUUGACUAAUUAUCGCAGCCAUCUUAACGAUUUGCGUAAAAUUACAGCGACGAGAGACUUCCUGCCGAGGCCUGCGAGACGAGUCUGCCGUUCAACCACCUUUCCGGGGUCUCCGUGUCGGUCCUCGCACGCAGGUCCUCCGGUUCUUCGGCCACCCGACGGCGACGACGAUCGGUAUCGAUGGAUCGGUCGAUGCAAUCGACAAUGGCUCGCGCGAGCAGUGAUGCGCGUGUUGUGACACGCCGGUCGUUAUGGAUACGUGUCGCCGGGACCAUCGGCGUAAUGUAUAGGCUCUUCCUUCACGUCGCGCGUCACACGGCACGCUCUCGUCAGAGGUGUGUACUACUACGUGCGCGACGUGUAGAGUCGCGCUAUAGGAUCGUCGUCCGCGAGGUCCGUGCCAUGCCGGAGGAUCGCCACUCGCUUGCCGAUCCUCUUGAAAAAUACGUCGUACCGCCGUCGCCGCCGCCGCCGCCACCGCCGCGCCGCUGAAGAGGACGCCGAGAAGAGGACCGAGCCGCGAGGAGGUUCCUCCAGCUCGCAGCCGCCCCGACUGGCCGUCCCUCUCCCUUCGCCCGCGCUGCUCCUGUUGCGCGACCUCCGCUGUGUCCUCCGCUGUUCGCCGGAAGCUGCGCGAGCCGAGCGAUGUUCAGUCUGCGGCCUCAGAGUGCCACCACGAGGCAGGAGAUUGAGAUGAUCAACAAGGCCCAACGGGCAAUACACAACACCACGGACUGCAUGGAGAAGCUGCGUCUGCUCUGCUUGGCCAGGGGUGCCAACGGCAUCCUCGGUCUGGGUAGGACGUUCCGUCGCAUGGACGACGAUGGCAACAAGAAGCUGAAUCUUGAGGAGUUCACGAAGGGCCUGGAGGAAACCGGGCUGGAGUUAUCCGAGGACGAGAUCAACGAUAUCUUUCAGAAGUUUGAUACCGACACCGACGGUAACAUCAGCGUCGACGAGUUCCUCGUCGGCAUCAGACCGCAGAUGUCUCAGAGCCGCAAGAAUGUGGUCGAGCAGGCGUUCCAGAAAUUGGACAAGUCCGGCGACGGCCGGAUCACCGUCGACGACCUGAAGGGCGUCUACAACGUCAAAUGUCAUCCGCGUUACAUCAGCGGCGAGGAGAGCGAGGAGAGCAUCUUGAACAAGUUCCUGUCCAACUUCGAGCAAGGCACUUCGGACGGCAUCGUAACGGAGGAGGAGUUUCUGAAUUACUACUGCGCCAUCAGCGCGAGCAUAGAUCACGACGCUUACUUCGACCUGAUGAUGCGCAACGCUUACAAAUUGUAAAUCUCGAAACCGGCGCUUACACUUGGACGACACAACGCCGUCUCAUCCUUCCGUUCGGCGAUAAUCGUUGCGGCUGCAUCGGACGAAUGUAUAAAUUAAUAUCGUCAUUGUUACAUCGUACCGAGUGUGCCUUAGCUUGCUGUUAGACUCUUGCACGUAGUGCGCCGAUUGCGCAAAUCCAAAAGCAUCGUAUGCUGUUCUCGAUAAUGAUAAAGUCGUCCACUCUUGAUUUCGAUCAUCGAAAUUAAUAGCGGGUAUACAUACACUCUUUCCGUAUACAUACAAAUCUAUCGGUCAUUAAUGAUUCAUCGCAACGUGCGUCCUCGAGCGAGGGAGAAGAGACGCGAGAGGAGACCGGUCUCGGGAGAGACUCAUGAAAAAUUUAUCCGUCACUCCAUUGUCACCUUCCUCCCUCCUCCAUCCUCGAGUCGGAUAUAACUUGUUUAUUUCUGGAAAGUAGUUGAGCAAAUAAAGUGUAAACGAGGCCGGCUAUCUGCCGUCUCUCUCUCUCUCUCUCUCUCUCUCUCUCUCUCUCUCUCUCUCUCUCUCUCUCUUUUUCUCAUUCUUCUUCAGCGUUCUAAUGAAUUAUCGAUAACGACAGAAGUUGGUUAUAGGGUCCAAUUUUAUAGCGCAGCUGCAACCCGCAUAUAUUGGCUGUACCGCUGCACAAACCGCGCGUGCUUUAAGCGUUUCUCUGUAAAACCACGUGCGCUCGCUCCACUGCAAAUAAAAACAGUCGCGGUUAGGACGUGCUGAACUGCCGACUGUGAAAAUUACCUCGGCACACGUGUGUGUGAUCAUUGUCCCGUUUCCUUGCGAUAAACGAUGUGUCACGCUCCAGAUGACAACAUCGUGUCUCUUGUGCGUUUCUCCGUGUGCGUCUCUCUCUUGUGCGUUUCUAUUUCCCGGAUUCUAUAAUCUACAGGCUAAAGUAACCCAAAAAAAGACGUAUCCUUAUAAAAUGUAUUCUAAUAAUUUAUAUCGUGCCAACGCACGAUUUUAGCGUUGUUCGUAACAGGAAGACCAUCACGAUGCAUUUCUCGGAAAUCACAAGAAUAAGAUAAAAAAUGUGUAGCAUGCAAUUGCUAUGACUAACAUCAUGAUCAAUGCAAUCAACGUUUCCUCCCUUUUUCUCGGAAGAGAAACGUUUCCGCUCGCGAGCGAAAUCAAUUCGAUCGAGGCACGAGGAAUGGAGAACUAAUCACGAAGUCAAAGGAAUAAGACAGACAGGAUUCAAUUUAUGAUGUAAAAAUGAGGGUUGAAAUUAAUAAUAAGUUCAACUCUCGAUCAGAAAUGAACAGUGAUAAUACCGA